CCCUCUUUUCUCAGCUUUGAAAUGGCUUGCUUUUCUCCCAUAGACAGCUGUUGGUUUAAACUUUUUAACAAACAAAUGUAGUCUUUACAGGUGAAACUGAAGGCUAAAAUAAGAGUAGAUGUUCAGAGCUAUUUAUUGUUUUAAACAAUCAAUCUAACAGGAAACAGCUGGGUAACAAGAAACAACUGUCAGUCACAGUCUGAUACGAAAUGUGCUAUGUUCUAUGUUGUUUAACACAUCCACAUAUAAAUACCAGGACAUAAAAGCUGAAAUUUUAACCUCUAUUUUCAUAUUCAUCUCUUGAUCUCAAACCCAAAUGGCUGCAGUCUACAUCAAAAACAACUGAAUUGACCCUGCUGUUCUAAUCAUUUCGGAGAGGACUGUAUUUUCCUAGCAAACAAUUUCACCUAUUAGAGCAAUUGUUUUAUUGUCAGAAUGAUUAAAGCCUACCUCUGUGUGCAGUGUGCAGGCUAGCUCAGAGACUCAUAAUUUCAGGGUGCCUUCAAAUUUGAGUCAUUUGUCUUUAGUGCACCAGUGUGAACCCUGCAGGAUGAGAACAGUGUCUGUUUUCUCCAUGGAAGCUUCUGCCCUGCAUAAUGCAAUUCAAUAAUGAAAUGACGCCAGUAGCUGAAACAGCUGUGUGAAACUUCAACUAGGCUGCGUCAAUGUUUCAAGAAUGGAUGUGUAAAACGAAGUGUUUCCCGCAGGUGCAGUAUGGGAUAUGGUGAGAACAGCUUCGAGAACAGUGCUUUAUAAGCAGCAGCAGGAGGAUGAGAAGGAGGGGAGACCGUUCUAGACAGGGCAAAACAGCAAACUCGACACUCUGUGCGUCCCAGGCGUGUUAGCGCAGAGAGAGAGAGAGAGAGAGAGAGAGGAGGAGGGGGGCGACGCAUCAUUGCAGUACUGAGAGGAAAGUCCUGCGCUAGUCCAAAAGCCUCAGACAUACACCCACACACGCAUCCAGAGAGAAGAAGAAGACAGCCGACAUUGCCGACCCAAAUCUCAGAAGCUGACAUAGCAGAGACUCCUCCGCUCCCAACACUCCGCCAGCACUGCGCACCGUCCCAUCAAAGCUAACCACAGUGCUCAUCGUACAAUUCUAGGGACUUCUAGGGAUUCUCCUGACAUCCUUGUCUCCACUUUGCUGGUAUCUCGUUGACUUCAAACCCUUCCCCCCUUCAUCUCUGCCUCCUCUUCCUCCUCAUCUUUACCAAGGCGAAAGUGCUGCAGAGAGCAUGUCAGCUCCAGAUGCUGCAGCUCCUGCAGGAGCUCCCGGGGCUCCUGGCGCUCCUGGGGCAGAAGGAGCACCAGGCACAGGCCCUGCUCCUCCUCCCAACACCAGCAGCAAUCGUCGACUACAGCAGACACAGGCACAGGUGGAAGAGGUUGUUGAUAUUAUGCGUGUGAAUGUGGAUAAAGUCUUGGAGCGGGACCAGAAACUGUCGGAGCUGGACGACAGGGCUGAUGCAUUGCAGGCUGGAGCGUCUCAGUUUGAGAGCUGUGCUGCCAAGCUGAAGAACAAGUACUGGUGGAAGAACUGUAAGAUGAUGAUUAUGAUGGGUAUUAUCGGAGUCAUAGUGGUCGGAAUAAUCUUCUUGUAUUUCUUCUCAUGAGCUCACCCAGCUGACAGAGAAAAGAGGCAGAAGAACAACAAAGCAUAAUGAAAAGCCCACUCAUAAGUCCAUGCCUUUUCCUGUCCCCUCUCUCUUUUUACUAUCAAGUUCUCUCAUUCCAGCCAUCUGCUACUUCUUAAUGUGACAGUAGUCAUCAGAUUUACAAGCUUCCUGUUCUCCCAUUAACUACUAUGCUGUUUAUGAUUUCCUCUAGCUCCCUGCCUUAGAAUCUCUCACAUCUUACACACACACACACACACACACACACACACACAGAGGGACACGGACCAUGAGUGUUUGUGAGAUUAGUCUGAUAAUGGGUGGGAUGCUAUGAGCCUCUGUUGCAAAGGUGUGAUAGGGAGUGUAAGUGAAAGUGCAUAAAAUGAGUGACAAAUUUAAGACAGGGAGGCCACAAUCCUCUUUCUACUUGUAGCAUCCUCAGCUGACUUUCUAAAGCUUUUGGGAAGUAGUAAACUGAUCUCAGCAUAUACAACACAUGUUUCCUACUGUCACAACCUUUAGCACCCCAUCUGCUUGCAUUUAUUAGUGUCAGUGAGAUACAUGAGAAGAAAUUUAACCUACUUUUAUUGUAAUGUGUAAUUGUCAUUGCAAGCAUUGAUGAUUGAAACUCUUUUUCAGAUAUGUAGCUAUAAUUAGAAACAUCCCAUUCAUUUGUUUGCUGUAUAGCGAAUAAGGAGGCAGAUUAAAAUAAACUGAAAUAAAACUGGAGAGGUGAACAGGGAUGUGAGGGAGAAAAGUUGGGGAAGAUUUUUUAAAUAUUGGUUUGGGAAAAUCAUGUGUACACACACACUAACAAUUACAAUUACUUAACACUAGUAAUUAAUUUGUGUCUAAUGACUUGCAUGGAAGAUUGGAUACAUUGUAAGACUCUUCAUUUCCUUAUGUUCCUCAACUCCUACCGUGUAAUGUACAGCUCCCCCAAAAAACAAAAAAACAUGAAAACGCGUUGCUUCAGUGUACAAAACAUAACAUCUGUGAGCCUGCCAAAACAUACAAUGACUUGCUACAUUUCUGAGAAAAUGUGAUGAGGAAGAAAACAACAACAACUAUUGGACCUGCCAUGUAGUGUGCUAUUUUCAAUCGAAUGUCCUUCAUAUACAUAAAUGUUAUUAUUUUUCUAUGCAGUAAAAUUGCCAGAGCUUUCUGUUUCCAUUUUGCAGGUGAAUUCAAAGAGUUUAUAUGGCACAUUGCUAAAUGUAAAUGCCAUUUAUGAAAGCUUUAACACUGACCGAAUAGAAAAUCAAAUCACUUAUGACCAUGUAGAGAACCCAGAGAAGAAUUCAGAAGCAUGCCUGUUUGCUCUAACACUUUUGCUGAUGCCAAUAAAGAAAUUUAAAAACCACAGUGUACUAGUUUUUUUUAUGUGAAAAGAAAAUUGAUAAAGAAACCAAGGUUUGGUGACAUAUUUGCUUUAAGGGUUGUGAUUUCGCACACUGGGUGAGGGAUAUUUUGAGAGGAACUGAGCAGUUGUGAGUGAAAUAAAAUGACCAUAAACCAAACUACUGUAUUUACUCUGGGAUGGGCUGAACUGAUGGACUGAAAAAUGAGUGACAUCAGAAACAGCAGUGCAAAAAAUGACUUGAUAUGAAGAAAGCAUGUGCAGCAGUUAUCACAGCUAAGAUAAUUUUUGUUUUUUGUUUUUACAUAUGUAAAGCUAAGUUUAUUAUAACCAUUGUAACUACUGUCACAAAUGUUACCUUACGUUUACAUUUAUGGAAUUUGGCAGACACCCUUAACCAGAGUGACUUACAG